CAGGGGUUCGAUCCAAUCAGCCAAAAUAGGGUGCGCAAAGUCUGUCCCUGCGAAAAUGAGCUCGAGCAAAACAACCUCGAGCAAGAAAGAUGACCGCGGAAAAGGAAAGGAGGAAGCGGAUGGCUACGACACGGACUACGGCGAUGAGGAGUCACCUUCUUCGACCCCCCGACCGUUGAGGGAACCCUCCAAGCUGGGGAUGAAACGGAGAACGGGAGUAAGCGCUGAAGUCUUGGGUGUACACGAUAUCAAGGAAUUGAAGGUCAUUCCAAAGACGAAGGACGCAAAGAUGAGGAUAAGUCAGGCUUUGAAAAAGAACUACCUGUUCAAGAGCUUGGACCCAGAACAGGAGCAAAAGGUCGUGGAUGCGGUGUUUGAGAAAAAGUUUCAAGCAGGCCAGAACAUCAUCAACUACGGAGAAGGAGGAGAUAACUUUUAUCUCCUUGAGGAUGGAAAUUGUGAGGUGUAUGUACCAGUGAAUGGACAGCCAACACUGGUGACAAAAUACGGCCCAGGUGAUGCGUUUGGCGAGUUGGCUCUGCUGUAUAAUGCCCCUCGAGCAGCAACUGUGAAGGCUGUAACAGAUGUGUUGACAUGGGCGAUGGAUAGAAACACCUUCAAGGUGAUCCUUAUGCAGACAACUCGAGCAAAGCGUGACAUGUACGAGAAGUUCUUGGAAGAUGUCCCUCUUCUGAAGUCACUGGAUAAGUACGAGCGAUCGGCGAUUGCUGAUGUUCUUGAGGCAGAAUACUUCGACCCUGGAAAAGUUAUUAUUCGCGAGGGUGAAGUUGGCAACAAAAUGUACUUCUUGGAGGAAGGCGAAGCAGAGGCGAGGACUGGUGGCACAUUUUCUGUGAAGUACAAAAGAGGAGACUACUUUGGGGAACUCGCUCUUCUCAAUGACGCACCAAGGAAGGCGACGGUCACAGCGCUCACAAAAGUCAAAGUUGUAUCGAUUGACCGCAAGAGCUUCAAGCGUCUAUUCGGGAAGUUGGAGGACAUUAUGAAACGCAAGAAGGAUGACUAUCGGCGGCGAUCGAACCGGUGAGGACCACACGAUAACACGAUAACACCACUCAUUUGGCAGUUUGGCAAACAGACAAUUCUAUCUUCCAUGACAACUUGGAAGGGCUUCCCAGACACCACUGAUCGCAGUUAUGGGUUGCAUCAAGCUUAUCUACUCCUGUGCACAGUGCUCAGAGCAAUCUCAUCAAAAUGAGGCAGCUACAUAGUCUCCUGGUCGGGCUGAAGUAGCUUGCAGUCUGAGAUAGUAGACCUUCUGCUGAGCCGGGAAUGUAUGAAAAUAUGUCAACUUUGUAAAAAGUUUGUAUUGGAACGAGUACUAAGAACUAUUAAAACUUACCAAAAGUUAAAAAAUGGACCUUCCUGAGAAUAUUCUUCACAAGGGCCAAGGCAUUGCAGGAUCAUGAACGACAAGCAGGUUCCUUCAGGCGACAGGAGCAAAUGACUACCAGAUUUCUUUAGGCGACACGAACAAACAGCAGACAGGAUGUGUAUAUAAACUUGCUAAAAGCGACUACAUAUCGCAUAAAGAUAGUAAAAACUUACUAAAAGU